AUUCUAGUAUUUUACUAAUUUUCUUUACCGCCAGCUGCCAGCAGUCGUGGAAAAUUUCUAAAACAUUUUAAUUUUUUGUUUUAUACAAAACUAACGCUUUAAAGGUGCUUGACUUUGCGUUGUAAUUUUGAUCUUUAUAUCAAUAACGUGGCAAUUACGGCUAGACUCCCGUCAACAACGUUCACUAUUUACAUUUGCAAGAUUUCUGUGUAUUGGUAUUGUUAUUUCGUCAUCCCUAUUUUCGUCAUAAAUAAUCGUGCAGGCCACACUCAACAUACAGAUAACAAAAACUAUUUCUUCAAAUUGCCGAAAUUAAGCAAAUAACCAAGCAACUACGAUAUGGCUCAAUCUUUAGCUGGUGCAGCCUCUUCCGGCAACAGUAGCGCUGGCGCUGGUGUAAUGAUCCCAGUAGGCACUAGCGGAGGCUUGGACGUCGGUGUGGAUAUAGAUUUAGUAGAUAUGAAGCAUUGCUUCGAAAAUCUCAUUGUGAUAGAUGCAGGCGCUAAUCUGACAAACAAAAAAUAUAGUCGCGACUUGGAAUCAGUAAUACAACGAGCAAAAGAUGCGGGUGUUCAGAAAAUUAUGGUUCCAGGUACUUCAGUGAAAUCUAGCAAAGAAGCGCUCCGUUUAUCACGCAUUUAUCCCGAUAUAAUUUAUUCGACUGCUGGCAUCCAUCCACACGACUCCAAAUCGAUCAUUGAGGAACCAAACACUUGGUUCGAGUUCGAACAUAUUGCGGCUUCGCAGGAAUGCGUCGCUAUUGGCCCCUGUGGCUUAGAUUAUCAACGGGACUUCUCCGACCCUGAGGCACAAAAGGAGAUUUUUGAAAAGCAGUUGCAUUUAGCUUGUAAUUUAAACAAAUCACUGCUUAUACAUGAACGUUCCGCGCAACAGAAUGUUCUCGACAUACUGGAUAAGUUUGAGAAUUUGCCGCCUGUGAUCAUACGUGGAUUCAUGGGAACGGCCGACGAAGCAGUCAAAUAUCUGAAUAGAAGAUUCUAUAUUAGUUUAACUGGUUAUUUAUGCAAGGACAAAUCGGAUAGUGGAGUACGCAAACUCUUAGAAAAUGGAACUCUUCCGAUCGAUAGACUGCUGGUCGAAACGGACUCGCCGUUUAUGUACCCAAAUACAAGAGCUUCUAAGCUGCCGCAACAUGUUAAGACUGGAAUUACAGAACGUUCGCUAUUAUACUUACAUAGGUACUGCACUUUUCAGCGUAACGAGCCUUGUAGUUUGCCCGCCAUAGUGGAAAUGAUAGCUGCUUUUAUGAAGAAAACACCAGAUGAAGUAGCUCUAGCCACCGCAUUCAAUGCAUUGAAGCUCUUUGGGCUAUCCUAAAAAUCAAUGGCUGUGAUUUUACUUUUGUAGACUGUCAUAGAAUUGCUUAGUGCGACCAAAUAACACUUAAAGCACAUGCUUUUCAAUCAUAAAAUAAGGAGUGAAUGCAUAGAGAGGAAUUCAAAAUGAAAGUGCCAAAUUUUUUUUAUGUGGUAAUAUAGUGUCUUACGUGAAUUCCUAUAUACAUACACUAUGAACUACAAGACUUUCAAAGUGCCUUAAAUCAAGUGUGAAAAUCGACAAAUACUAUACAAACGAUUUAAAAAAAUCCUUAAACAGAAAAUAUUUUACGAAAUCGACACUUACUAUUUGUUAUAUACAUAUAUAUAUAUACAUAAAUACUAACAACGACGUGUUUUUAAAGCGCAUGCCAAUCUGUAAUAUACUCAUAUUGAUUCAAUUGAACGAUUCGAAUACAAAUAUUCGAAUCGCCUUAGUGUUAGUUGCAACUACAUACAAUCUAUCCUAGAUAUCCUAGAAUAAUUACUAAAAAAAGUACACAUUAUAAAGUGGCAUAAUGGACUAGACUAGAAACAGGAUGUGGAUGUUGAUCCAAAGAUAGAAGAAAUAGCUAGGUUAGGUUAGGUUGAAGCGGUUGUCCUGUGGGACAUACUUAGGCUCAUAACCUAUUGUGAUGCCGCGUAUGGAGCUUGUCCCCGUCUCUCCUAAAACCUGUGUGUGAAGAAAAAGCUAUGUAUGUACUUUAAAAAGUAAAUGAAAAUAUCUCAUUUCGUCCCAUGGAGUAUUUUCAUUAAAAAGAAAAAACUCGUUUUUGCAUUCAAAACAUACGUUUUUUUAUAUAACAAAAUAUGGGCAAAUGCUUCCAUUAUAUUACGCCUAUGCGGUCCUACUGAGUGCUGAGCACUGCAAAUAACCUUUAAUAGAGGAAAGUUAUACAUACAUAUUUAAUACCACUGACAUGACAAAUUUGCGCCCGGACCAAAACGUUCAUUUAAAGCUAUUGAACGACGUAAAUUACGCAUUCAAUUCAAAGUGCUUUGAAGUUUUAAAUAAAUAGAAAAACCAAGUCAAGCUGCAGCUGAUUUGAUUAUAGUUUCUCAUUUAUUUGUUUUACUAUUUCAUAAGAUUUUUUACGCCAAAACUUGUAAAUAUUUAUUAUUCAUUUUGUUCGUUAUUUCUUGUUGUGUUGCGAAAUGUUUAUUGUGCUUCGCCAACUAAUAACAUACAUGCAUACAUAAAACACUAGCUGUAUGAAUAGCCUGUAAGACAAAAGUAAUGUGCAUGAUUAAGCCAGCCACUAACGUCCAACAUUUUGUGAAAUUUCGCAAAUUUGCGCGAACAUAUCAUACGUUAGUGGCUAGCUUAACACAGUAAAUGUGAUCAUUUUACAUUACUAUAUUUUAUUGUUAUUUAUAUACAUACCAAUAAACAUAUACAAAUGUAUGCUUACAACCAUAAAUAAACCAAAAAAAAAAAGCGAAAAUAAA